CUGAGCACGAUAACACUCGGUACGACUUCUUUUCCCGGGUUGUGCCACCCGAUUCCUACCAGGCCCAGGCCAUGCUGGACAUCGUGACCGCCAUGGGCUGGAACUAUGUCUCCACACUGGCAUCUGAGGGGAACUAUGGGGAGAGCGGUGUAGAGGCUUUUGUUCAAAUCUCACGAGAAACCGGCGGUGUGUGUAUUGCUCAAUCUCUGAAGAUCCCCAGAGAGCCCAGGCCGGGAGAAUUCGACAAGAUCAUCCUACGGCUACUGGAGACACCCAACGCUCGUGCCGUUGUCAUGUUUGCGAAUGAAGAUGACAUCAGACGUGUCUUGGAUGCUGCAAAGCGCAACAACCAGACAGGUCACUUCUUGUGGGUGGGAUCGGACAGCUGGGGCUCUAAGAUAUCUCCUGUCGUUCAGCAGGAAAGCGUGGCAGAAGGUGCUAUUACCAUCCUUCCAAAAAGAGCAUCCAUAGAAGCCUUUGACAGAUACUUCAAAAGCCGCUCCUUGUCCAACAACCGACGGAACGUUUGGUUUGCAGAGUUCUGGGAGGAGAAUUUCGGAUGCAAGUUAGGGAUGCAUGGCAAGCGUCCCGGCAGCCCCAAGAAAUGCACUGGCUUGGAGAAGGUCGGCAGGGACUCCACUUACGAGCAAGAGGGAAAGGUGCAGUUUGUGAUGGAUGCGGUGUACGCCAUGGCCUACGCGCUGCACCGCAUGCAUCGGGACCUCUGUUCGGGAUAUCCAGGCCUUUGUCCCCGCAUGAGCAACAUAGAUGGCAAAGAGCUGCUGGGAUACAUCAGAAAUGUCAGCUUUAAUGGAAGUGCCAAGACCCUUGUUGUGUUUAAUGAAAAUGGAGAUGCCCCUGGACGCUACGACAUCUAUCAGUAUCAGAUAACAAACAGGUCGACUGAGUACAGAAUCAUCGGCCACUGGACGGAUCAGCUGCAUUUAAAUAUGAAAGCCAUGCAGUGGGCGAGUGGGGACUCAUCUGUGCCGGCGUCUGUAUGCAGCCUGCCCUGUCAGACUGGCGAGCGGAAGAAGGUUGUGAAGGGGGUGCUGUGCUGCUGGCACUGCGAGCGCUGCGAGGGCUACCAUUACCAGGCCAGCGAGUUCACAUGCCAGCUUUGCCCAUAUGAGCAACGACCAGAUCAAAACCGCACAGGCUGCCAGCCAAUCCCCAUCAUAAAGCUGGAGUGGCACUCGCCUUGGGCUGUAGCACCUAUCUUCAUCGCCAUCCUGGGAAUUCUUGCCACGACCUUUGUGGUGGUGACUUUCGUGCGUCACAACGACACACCAAUCGUACGGGCCUCUGGCAGGGAAAUGAGUUACGUGCUGCUAACAGGAAUUUUCCUAUGCUACGUCACCACGUUUCCCAUGAUAGCGGCACCUGGAUUGGCCGUUUGCUCCUUCCGCAGGAUCUUUCUGGGUUUGGGCAUGUGUUUCAGCUAUGCUGCCUUACUCACCAAGACCAACCGCAUCCAUCGGAUCUUUGAGCAGGGCAAGAGGUCAGUCGCGGCACCUCGGUUCAUUAGCCCCGCCUCCCAGCUAGUCAUUACCUUCAGCCUCAUCUCAGUUCAGUUAAUGGGUGUGUUUGUGUGGUUCGUGGCUGACCCGCCGCACACCAUUGUGGAUUACGGCGAGCAGCGUACGCAGGACCCUGAAAACGCACGCGGGGUGCUCAAGUGUGACAUCUCGGACCUGUCACUCAUCUGCUCACUGGGCUAUAGCAUCCUUUUGAUGGUCACGUGCACUGUUUACGCAAUCAAGACCAGGGGAGUGCCGGAGACCUUCAAUGAGGCCAAGCCCAUUGGAUUUACCAUGUACACCACCUGCAUCAUCUGGCUGGCCUUCAUUCCCAUCUUCUUUGGGACCGCACAAUCUGCAGAGCGGAUGUACAUUCAGACGGCCACACUGACCGUCUCUCUGAGCCUGAGUGCAUCUGUAUCUCUGGGGAUGCUCUACAUGCCCAAAGUCUACAUCAUUAUCUUGCACCCGGAACAGAACGUGCCCAAAUGCAAGCGCAGCUUCAAGGCCAUCGUCACCGCUGCCACCAUGACAAACAAGCUCAGCCAGUUGGCCAGUGAACGGCCCAAUGGAGAGGUGAAAACCGAACUCUGUGAGAGUGUGGACAAUAGUACACCAUCCACAAAAACAACCUACGUCAGCUACACCAAUCAUGCCAUAUGAGUGCACAUCCAGAAAAUGGUUUGGCAUGGAUCUGGCUGGCUCCGACAAAACAGGAUCCAAUGACUGAAAUCCAAGCAUGAGACAUCAGUGUUGUUUGUGGACAAGAGGAUGGACUCUUGGACUUUUUUUUCCUGGAUAUUUUAUAAGAAAGCCUAGGCAGCCAUCCA